UUCUUUCCUAAAACCCAACAGUACCGUAACACAGUUGAACAACCCUCCAGCUUCGAUAUUCACGAGGCAAGGCCCCUCUCUCUUUGUCAUCUCCGCCAACCAUAGCUGCGAUUACUUCAAAGUCCCAACACUCUCAGCUUUCGCUUUUUAUUACUCUCUCGCUCCUCAUUUCCUCACACAUUUUUCUCGCUCUAUAAUUCUCCGUCCAUUUCCGGAAAAUGGCUCAAGUGGUGGCUACUCGUUCGAUUCAAUCUUCAUUCUCCAGCCCUAGCCAUGGAUCUCUGCAGAGUCAAGUUGAGAAGCUUAAGACUCCAAGCUUUGCCUCAAAAGUGCUAGGAAGAAAUGAACGGAGCAAUAGUUGUAGAGCUAUUCGUGUUAAUAUGCCGCAGAUCAUUGCUAGGAGAUCUACGCGUGCCGAGCCUCAAGUUCUCCCCGUUUCUCCUGAAGAUGUCCCAAAGAGUGAGGAGCAAGAGAAGUAUCUUCAGGCAAUUCAGCAACUUGGUGACACUUCAGUGGGCAUGUGGUCAAAACCUACAGUAAGACGUAAGACCAAGAUAGUAUGCACAAUUGGUCCCUCUACUAACACAAGAGAAAUGAUAUGGAAGCUAGCUGAAGCUGGAAUGAAUGUUGCUCGGAUGAAUAUGUCUCAUGGAGACCAUGCAUCCCACCAGAAAGUCAUUGAUUUGGUUAAGGAGUAUAAUGCACAGUCUAAGGACAAUGUCAUCGCCAUCAUGCUUGACACCAAGGGUCCUGAGGUUAGAAGUGGUGACUUGCCCCAGCCAAUCAUGUUGAAACCUGGACAGGAAUUCACUUUCACAAUUCAGAGAGGGGUUGGCACAGCUGACUGUGUCAGUGUCAACUAUGAUGACUUUGUAAAUGAUGUUGAAGUAGGAGACAUGCUUCUCGUUGAUGGUGGCAUGAUGUCUUUACAGGUAAAAUCCAAGACAGAAGAAUCUGUGAAGUGUGAAGUUAUUGAUGGAGGGGAGCUUAAGUCGAGGAGACAUCUAAAUGUUCGAGGCAAAAGUGCCACACUUCCCUCUAUUACUGAAAAGGACUGGGAUGAUAUCAAGUUCGGAGUAGACAAUAACAUUGACUUUUAUGCUGUUUCCUUCGUCAAAGAUGCAGCAGUGGUCCAUGAACUGAAGAAUUAUUUGAAGAGUUGUGGUGCAGAUAUUCAUGUUAUUGUGAAAAUUGAGAGUGCAGACUCCAUCCCGAAUUUGCAUUCAAUAAUUACUGCAUCAGAUGGGGCGAUGGUUGCAAGAGGAGAUCUUGGGGCAGAGCUGCCUAUCGAGGAGGUUCCUUUGUUGCAGGAAGAAAUCAUCAAUAUUUGCCGAAGUAUGGGAAAAGCUGUCAUCGUUGCCACCAACAUGCUGGAAAGCAUGAUUGUCCAUCCCACCCCAACUCGAGCAGAAGUAUCAGAUAUUGCGAUUGCUGUUAGAGAGGGUGCUGAUGCUGUUAUGCUUUCUGGAGAAACAGCUCACGGAAAGUUUCCCUUGAAAGCUGUCAAAGUUAUGCAUACCGUGUCACUACGGACUGAGGCUACUAUUGUUGGUGGUGAAACCCCUGCAAAUCUAGGCCAAGCCUUCAAGAACCAUAUGAGCGAGAUGUUCGCUUUUCAUGCAACCAUGAUGUCCAACACUCUUGGAACCUCAAUUGUUGUCUUCACUAGAACUGGUUUCAUGGCAAUCUUAUUGAGCCAUUAUCGUCCUUCUGGCACUAUAUUUGCUUUUACAAAUGAUAAGAAAGUUCAACAGAGACUGGCUUCGUACCAAGGCGUAUGCCCAAUAUAUAUGGAGUUCUUAGAUUGCGCAGAGGAGACUUUCACUAGUGCAUUGUCCUUAUUGCAGAAGCAAGGGAUGGUUAAGGAAGGGGAGCAAGUAGCUCUUGUUCAGAGUGGCAGCCAGCCAAUCUGGCGGCUCCAAUCCACUCACAAUAUCCAGGUCAGGAAAGUUUAGACAGAUGAGAAACUUGGAACCAGCUUAAGAAGAUCCACUCCUUUGUAGUUGGGAGUUAUUAUUAGUAUUGACGCUUCAGCCAUCAAAUAGGAAUAGAUCUCAGUCGGCAGUGUUACCGAGAGUUUUUCUUGCAGGAUUGCUAGGGUGUUAUAUUUAUUGUUAUCUGCUUCGUGCUUCUGUAUGUUUUGGCCUAGGACACCAUAUUAUGUUCUUCUCUUGGACAUCAAAUCAAUGAAGCCGGCACUUGAAUGUGGUUGUUGUAUGAGAAGAUUAUUGGAGUGAAUCGUUGUUCUUCCGUAACAAAUGUAAUGAAGAAGAAUCUAUGUUGAGUACUAUAUUUAUUUUGUAAGGUUUAAUAUCAAAGUCUUAUACUAA